AUGUCGCAACAGUUUACACUGCAAGAGGUUGGGGACCACAACCGGAAUGACCCCAAUAACCAGUUCAUGGUCAUCGAUGGCCACGUUUACAAUACCUCCCAUAUGCCGGCUACAUUUCCAAACUGCACUUUAAAAAUCGAUAACAUUCUGGCAGCCCUGGGAAGAAGCGUUGACGUAUCAAAUUUGUUCAGUGCGGGCCAGGACCACGGAGACCGUGUCGUGAGGGUCAUGAGGUCUACUCCUCAUUGCUACGUGGGUACUAUUGUCGCUGCGCCGGGCGGCGCCCAGACAGGUGAUCAGGGCCACCAGGGCCACCAUGCACAGACUGGAAAUCGUGGAAACAAUGGACAUCAUGGAGGUGAUGGAGACCAGGCCGAUGACAAUGGCGACGACGAUGAAGCCGAGAGGCAACGCCGCAAGGAGGCCCGCGCCAGGAGACUCCGCAGGGCAUACGACCCUCUCAGGCAGGACCCAGAUGACGAGGACGAGUACCCGGCAGACGCCGUCGCCAUGGGCUACCUCCCGGACCUGGAUGCCCGCCGCUGGCGCGAGAAACGCAUGCGCCUGGCUCGGUUCAUCCAGUUCAGCGACGGCCCCACCAUCGAUGACGACGCUGUCGAGCACGACCUCGCGCAGUCGCUCGACCUGGGCUUCACCAGGGAGAUCCAGUACCAGAGGCAUCUCGUGGGCGGGGAUGCCAGGGGGUGUACUGGCUCGUUCCGCGCCGCGAGGCCGCCGCCGCCGCUCUCUCAAGUCAUGCCGAGAACCAACUUGGACGCUCUGGAUGGCCGGCCGCCGCCAGGAGAUCCGCCACCUUCAGAUCCGGGCAGUGAUGAUUCCCCUGGUGGCACAGGCGAGGGAGGACGACCACACGGAGCAAGCCGACACGUACGAUCGUGGUUCCCUUCCACGGCCAUCCAAACACUGCCUCGACAGAAUCAGCAAGCCACUCCGCCGCAGACUCCUCAUGGCCCUCCUCCCCAGGCUGCACCGCAACAUGCGCAGCGUCCACCGCAGCAGACGCCUCAGCAAGAGCUAGAUACAGCGCGGAGGACACGCGAACAAGAGUUGUCCCAGGCACAGGAACAGACACGCCAACAUCAGCAGGAUGAACUACAACUACAACAGGAGCAGCAACGACGACGGGAUAUUUUGCAGGCACAGACGCAACAGGUGGCGGACCUAUUAGCACAGUCACCAGGGCCGUCUCGUUGGCAAGGUUGGCAAGUACCGAAUGGUCACGCAGUUGCCGAUCAGCAGCAGCAGCAAGAAGAAGAAGAACAACAACAACAAUAUCAGCAGCAGGAGGAACAGCAGCAGGAGCAGCAGCAGCAGCAGCCAGAGCUGGAUGAGGUACAUAGGCAACGAGAAGCACAGAGACGGCGAGAAGCACACAGGCAGCGAGAGGCAAACAGGAGGGAGUAUGAGAGGCAGACAGCAGAGAUGGACGCAGCAGCGCAACAAGAAGCACAGCGAAUAGCACAGCAGAUGCGAGACCAACAGGCUCAGCAGCAAGCAAAUAAGGCGGCCCAGGUGAGUGAGACGUCAGUCAAUACUGCCCUACUGCCUGGCUCCAAUAGCCUACUGCCGAAGCAGACGACCAAACCGAAGACGGGCAAGGGCAAUCAAACCACCAAGAAGCCCAAGGCUCCCAAGAGGCCCGCCGAGGCAACAGCAGCACAGGGCGCGCCAGACCCCAAGAGGCUGCGGCCGGACUCGCCCAGCUGGAACGAGGACAAAGACGAAGAUGACACGAUGUUGCUGAGCACGGAGGACACCGGCACCCAGGGGGGGGUUGAAAGGUUCGACGAUGACAGUAAGCGACCCUACAGACCGGGCGAGGAGCCAUGGAGGGAGAUGGACCCAUACCAAACCAUAAGUCUCGGGCUGGACGAGUUUGAUAACGAAGACAACAACCUAGGAGACAGCGAUCGCCCCGAGAAGACGUUGACGGGCGCCGCCUUGCCCACUAUCGUUGCUCCCUCUGACAACAUCUCAGUCCCGAUAUUAGGCUUCCCCGACCAGCCGCCCUCGUUAAUCCCAUUCGGUAUUCCCACCGGCCAGACCGACACAGUGCCCAUCAACAUGCAAGGCUCGCCCUUGCCAACCGACAUCAGGGACAUACUUCAUUGGACUCGAAACAGUGAGAGCGCGUCUCCCACUCCGCCCGGGGCCGGGCAGAGUUAG